CGGCCGAUGUGGCUUCCCAUUUGCCAGCAGCGGCGGCAGCAGCAGCAGCAGCAGCGAACGCCGCCGCCUCCUCCUCGUCCCGCUGAGCCGCCUCAGCUUCUUCCCCCGAGCUGGGCUGAGUCCGCGGCCAGCGAAGGCGCCUCGUCUCCGGGGUCCGAGGAGCCUCCCGCGUCCCCGUUUGUCACUGAGGGGGAUGAUGAAGACUUGAGGUCAACAACAUCUUACUGAGAUUUCAUCAUUCAGAAACAACAAGAGCAGUUCCUGGGAUCUCCUUCAGCACUCGUAAUAUGGAAUUAUAACAUUUCCUUUCUUACGUCGUCACACAUCCUGCACGUUCCAGCCAGCACAAUUUUCCUUUCAGAGGUUAAUUCCAAAGUGCCAUCGAUGAAAAGGAGAGGGCUGAUUGUCACCCUUAGCCGAUUUAACCGUGCAAGAGUAUUGGAGAAACUUGUUUUCCCCGUCCUUGAUUGGAUUGACGAAUUAAAGCGAACAUUUUGAAUUGAAAGUGAGCAUGAUAGGAUCUUGAGCGUAUGGUACUUCACGACUGAGGAAGGCGAACGAUGGCGUCCAGAGAGAGGCUGUAUGAACUUUGGAUGCUCUAUUGCAAUAAGAAAGACCCAGACUACUUGAAGCUCUGGUUGGACAGUUUUGUUUCUAGUUACGAACAGUUUCUGGAUGUAGAUUUUGAAAAGCUGCCCACUAGGGUGGAUGAUGUCCCUCCGGGAAUAUCGCUGCUUCCUGAUAACAUCCUUCAGGUCUUGAGGCUCCAGUUGCUGCAGUGUGUCCAGAAAUUGUCAGAAGGGCUGGAAGAACCACAACAGGCCUUGUCGCUUCUCCUGGUCAAAUUCUUCAUUAUUCUUUGCCGAAAUUUGGCUAAUGUGGAGGAGAUUGGCACCUGUUCCUAUAUUAACCAUGUCAUUACGAUGACUACACUGUAUAUUCAGCAGCUAAAGAGCAAAACGAAGGAGAAAGAAGUAGCCGACCAGACGCCCAUAGAGGAGUUUGUAAGACACGCGCUGGCUUUUUGUGAAAGCCUGUACGACCCCUAUCGCAACUGGAGGCAAAGAAUCGCUGGACGAAUUCUGAGCAGUGUUGAAAAAAGCAGGCAGAAGUACAAACCAGCUUCCCUCACAGUGGAGUUUGUCCCUUUCUUUUACCAGUGUUUUCAAGAAAGUGAGCACCUCAAGGAGAGCCUGAAGUGUUGUUUGCUACACCUCUUUGGAGCGAUUGUGGCUGGUGGGCAGAGAAACGCUCUCCAAGCCAUAUCUCCUGCCACCAUGGAAGUCUUGAUGCGCGUACUGGCAGACUGCGACGCGUGGGACAGCCGAGACCCCGACGAAGUGAGCAGGAAGGCCGAGCUGACGCUGAAGUGCCUGACGGAAGUGGUUCACAUCCUUCUGACCAGCAGCUCGGACCAGCGGCAAGUGGAGACCAGCACCAUAUUGGAGAACUACUUCAAGCUGCUCAACUCGGACCACACGGCUUUGCCGAACUCGCGGAGGUCCCGGCAGUGGGAGAGCCGAUUCAUAGCGCUACAGAUUCAAAUGCUGAAUACCAUCACCGCCAUGUUAGACUGCACAGACAGGCCUGUUCUGCAAGCCAUUUUCCUUAACAGCAACUGCUUUGAACAUCUGAUUCGCCUGCUGCAAAAUUGCAAGGUAUUUCAGGGACAGCUAGACUGCUUGGCGGUAUCAGCCAUUCGAGCCCUUACUGCAGUGAUGCACAAAUCUCCCGCUGCUAAGGAGGUGUUUAAGGAGCGGAUCGGUUAUGCCCAUAUAUUUGAGGUCCUAAAAUCUAUGGGUCAGCCGUCACGGGAACUGCUUGAAGAACUUUUGAACAUGGCCGUUGAAGGUGAGCACGCGUCUGUUGGGAUGCUGGGCAUAAGCAACGUCCAGCCCUUGUUGUUGUUGAUUCAGUGGCUCCCAGAUCUCGAGUCGCACGAUCUCCAGGUCUUCAUCUCAAGCUUGCUGAAGCGAAUUUGCUGCAUCAACCGGCAGAGCCGGGCCGUCUGUGUCAAUACGAACAUGGUCCUCCGCAUCGUGGAGACCCUCGGCCAACACACCCUGCUCCACGGAGCCUGCGCCGAGAACCUGAUUGUCCUCUUGGGCUCCCUGGGGAGCCAGUCGAUGAGCUCCGAAGAACUCCACCAGCUCAUUCGGCUGCUGAGGACUAAGGACCCCAAACAGACGCACCCUUACGUUGUCCCGGUGAUGCGCGCAAUUCUGACGAUGGCUCGGAAGCAGGGCCUGGAUAGCGCCUUGCAGUAUUUCGACCUCUCCCACAGCAUGGCGGGCAUUGCCGUCCCACCUAUUCACAAGUGGCCGGGCUCCGCGUUUGCUUUUAGCGCUUGGCUGUGCCUGGACCAAGAACAAACGACUCCUGGUGCCAGCGGCAAGGGGCCCAAGAGGAAACAGCUCUACAGCUUUUUUACAGGCAAUGGAACAGGGUUUGAGGCCUUUAUUACGUGUUCAGGGAUGCUAGUGGUUGCUGUGUGUACGAAGAAGGAAUAUGCGACCGUGAUGCUGUCAGAUCAUUGCUUCUGUGAUUCUCUUUGGCACAACAUAAGCAUUGUUCAUAUGCCCGGGAAGAGGCCCUUUGGUCAAAGCCUUGUAUAUAUUUAUGUGAAUGGACAGCAGAAGAUCUCGGCGCCCCUCAGAUUUCCUGCCAUGAAUGAAUCUUUUACUUCUUGCUGCAUUGGUUCUGCUGGCCAAAGGACAACUACUCCACCGCCAUCCCAGAUCCCAGAUCCGCCCUUUUCAUCUCCUGCUCUUCCCCAUCGGACGUCGCUGGGUGGUAUUCUUAGCCCAGGCAGCUGGAGCGGGCUGCUGGGCAAGCCGGAACACAUCACUAAGCUGAUCUCGGCAGGAACGCAGGACAGCGAGUGGGGAUGCCCUACCUCUCUCGAAGGCCAGCUCGGAUCAGUCAUCAUAUUUCACGAAGCGUUGCAGCCUACUCAUGUGAAAGCGUUGUAUUUGGCAGGUCCAAACUGCUUAACUCCAUGGAAAUCUCAAGACUCCGAAGCAGCCGAUUUGCCCAGUAAAAUGCUUCUUCAUUACACUCCCAAGGCUUGCAGAAGCCCAAUAUGCCUUGACCUUUCCCCCAAUCUUCUACAUGGAAGGCUAACAGGGAACAAAGUGGUGAACUGGGACAUUAAGGAUAUGAUCAACUGUGUUGGUGGAUUGAAUGUGCUGUUUCCACUGCUAGAACAGAUCAGCUACCUCGAUGGGCAGCAACCUGAGAGGCUUGAUGUGGAAUCGGUUGCUCCUGAAUUGCAGACACCUGUAGAAGGAGAUUGGGUGGUGUUAACCUCCACCAAGGCUUCGGAGGCUCGUUUAGAGAAGAACAUUGUUGCAACUUUCAUCCUGAUGAUAAAGCACUUUAUUCAAAGGCACCCAAUCAACCAGGAUAAUCUUGUUCACUCGCAUGGAGUCGCAACCUUAGGAGCCCUGUUGCAGAAGGUGCCAAGCAGCUUCAUGGAUGUGAAUGUCUUGAUGGCCGUCCAGUUGUUGAUAGAACAGGUCUCUGUGGCGAAAAACGCACCACUUCUGCAGCAGAUGUAUCAACACUUGCUUUUUGACUUCAGCAUCUGGAAUCGGGGAGACUUCCCAUUCCGAAUCGGUCACAUCCAGUACCUUUCUACAAUCAUCAAAGACAGUCGGAGGCUCUUCCGAAAAAAGUAUGGCGUGCAGUUUUUACUGGAUACACUGAGGAUCUAUUAUGGAAACAGCUCUAAAGACAGUGACUUGGCGCCAGAUGAUCUUAAGACAAUAAGAACGUCUCUGUAUGGAUUAAUAAAGUACUUCCUGAGCAAAGGUGGGGCUCAUGAGGAAGUGCAGAGCAUCAUGGGCUAUAUAGCAGCCAUCAACGAUGAGGAGCAGCUCUGUGGCAUCCUGGAAGUACUUUUCAGCCUGCUCCACACCAGCCCAACUCGAGAGCAGCUUUUCUUGUUGCUUUUUGAGCCAGGAAAUGCAGACAUCCUCUAUGCUUUGUUGCUGAACCAGAGGUACUCGGACGGACUACGGGAGCUAGUGUUCAAGAUCACGGGGCAGAUGUUGAAGUGCACCAAAGUCUAUGAGCGGAGCAAACAGCGUAUGAAACUCAGAGAGGUCGGGUAUUCCGGACUGGGACUGCUCCUGAACGAAUCUCCAGUGACCACAUCUCUUAUUAAGAACCUUCUCAACCAAGUUCUUCAUGCAGAUCCAGUUGUGAAUUACAGGGACUUUAUAGCAGUGGUGCAUCUGGCUCACAGAGCAGAUAUCAACGUCCGAGUGGCCAUCUGUCAAAAGCUUUUGCAAAUCCUCCAUAGCCAGCCGGAUUCAGCGCAGCAGAUUUCUCUGCAGCGUGGCUGGCAGGAGACGUUGGCGAGACUCUUCCUGAAAGAGAACGCCGAGGUCAGGAAUGGCGCGAGGGAGAACAGAAACGGCUCUGCCAAAGAGGGUGAAAAACACGUUCCAGGUAAAGAGUUUAAGAAACACACUUCUUCAAAGGCUGACGGGGGAGACGCUACCGGUUUUGCCUCUCUCAAUGGUUCCUGCGAUCGGUGGAGCCUAGAAGACAGCAAGCCUGGGGUGAUGCUCGAAGAUCCUUCCGGGGCAGAGAUGUCGUUCAUGGCUGAGGACCAAGAUGAGCUGUGGCAGAAGAACCCUUCUCACCUGAGCUUGGACCUGUCGAGCGUUGACUCCUACGAACUGGGCGACGGUGGGAGUCAGAUGGUGGACAGCCUGCCCAGCACCCCUUCGCCUGUCGAGAACACCAAAACAUUCUCUGGGCAUCUUGAGAAAGACCCAAACGCUGCGGCAGAGGUGGCAUUCCCGGCAGAUCUCUCAUUAUUUGAAUUCGCGAGGUAAUGUGCAUGUGAAGAAGAUCUCAUACAUUUACUCACCGAUGCCCUGCUUUGUGUGAUGUGGAGAGGCAUAGAAAGAUCUGAUGAUGCUGCGUGGGUGGAGAGGGGGCAGGUUUUUUCUGCCCUCACCAAAUUGGGGAUAUCCAAUGAGCUGCUACGGCCAACGGAUGAAAUAAAACUCAACUUGCUAGAGAAGAUGUUGGAAUGGGCAGUCAUGGACAACAGAGACGCUAAAUCUCUCCCAGUGUACGCAGAAAACGCCUUCCGGCUCCUGCUUGUCGUGCAAGAUUUCCUGCAAGCGGAAGGGCUUGUUAAUUCAAGUCUGUGGACGGAAAAGCUCUUAGAAGAGUUGGUGACUCUCAUGGAUACCUUGUCCGUCUGGUACUCUUCUGGCCCAGAGUAUGUGAAGUUCUACCAAGUGCAAGUCCAGAUGCUGCUUGGAUUCAUUGGACAGGAUAAUUUGCAGGUUUGCGCAAUGGCUGCAGCCAAGCUAAACACCCUCCUUCAGACCAAAGUGCUGGACAACCAACUGGAGUCCUGCUACCUUCUUGGCAGGCUGGAAGGCAUUCUGAGCAGAUCGAUCAAGGAGAAGACAGAGACCUACUCCUUCCUGAUCCCUCUCGUCCGGACGCUGGUUUCCAAAAUAUACGAGCUUCUCUUCAUGGACCUGCACUUGCCCUCCCUGCCUUCGACGAACGGGAGCCCUUCCUUUUUCGAGGACUUCCAGGACUAUUGCAACACGGAGGAAUGGCAGACUUAUAUUGCUAAAUUUAUCAUUCCCCAUAUGAAACAGUACGAACUCAGCACUUUCAGCGACGGCCACGAGCGCAUGGCAGUAUUUUGGAAGGAUUGUUACGAGGAGCUGAUGGUCAACAUCCACAAACGAGAGCGGGAACGAGGAGAAAGCAAGCUCAAAUUCCAGGAGUUUUUCGUGGAGCCAUUCAACCGACGGGCGCGGCAGGAAAACCUGCGUUACAACAGCAUGUUGAAGCAGCUGAACAAUCAGCACACGGCAACUCUCCGACAGUGGAGAGCUGCCAAACUGUACCUCACGUGUGAGCAGGGACCCUGGGCUGAAAGGAAUCUAAAUCGUAUUCACUGGAAACUUUCAAAUGUGGAAAAUUACUCACGGAUGAGGCUAAAGUUGGUACAAAAUUACAAUUUCAACUCUCAUCAGGAGGCCAGUGCCCUAAGGGAUAAUCUAGGAGUCCAGCAGGCGCCGCCAUCGAGCGAGGCUUUGCUUCUGGAGGCUGUGAAGCAAGUGAAAGUCAGCGAUAUGGAGGAUGAUAUACUUGAACUACCAGAUGAAGAUCCAGCAUCUAAUAUAAGCAUGGAUGAAAAGGAGGAGCAGAGCCAGAAAGAAAAACUUGUCCUCUCUGAAGACUGCGAACUUAUUACAAUCAUUAAUGUCAUCCCCGGCAGGCUGGAGGUCACUACACAGCACAUUUACUUCUACGAUGGCAGCAUUGAAAAAGAGGAAGGUAUAGGUUUUGAUUUCAAAUGGCCUCUUUCUCAGAUUCGAGAGAUUCAUUUGCGUCGCUAUAACUUGAGGAGGUCAGCUCUGGAGAUCUUCUUCGUUGACCAGACCAAUUACUUCCUGAACUUUAAAAAGGAGGCAAGAAAUAAAGUGUACAGCCGAAUUCUGUCUCUGUGUUCCCCAAAUAUUAGUGGGACAAGAUCUCCACAAGAAUUAUUUAAAGCAUCUGGACUGACCCAGAAAUGGGUGAACAGAGAGAUAUCCAACUUUGACUACCUCAUUCAAUUAAACACAAUGGCAGGACGAACCUAUAAUGACCUUGCGCAAUAUCCUGUAUUUCCAUGGAUCCUACAGGAUUAUACUUCAGAAGAAUUGGAUCUCAAUAACCCGGCCGUGUUCAGGGAUCUGUCCAAGCCCAUUGGCGUGGCGAAUGAAAAGAACGCCAAGGCUGUACUGGAAAGAUAUGAGAACUUUGAAGACCCUCUUGGAAUUGUCGACAAGUUCCACUACGGCACUCACUAUUCCAACGCAGCUGGAGUCAUGCAUUACCUCAUCCGGGUAGAGCCUUUCACCACAUUGCACAUCCAGCUUCAGAGUGGCAGAUUUGACUGUGCGGAUCGGCAGUUCCAUUCCAUUCCUGCUACCUGGCAAGCUCUCAUGGAGAACCCCAAUGAUGUGAAAGAGCUCAUCCCAGAAUUCUUCUACUUUCCAGAGUUCUUGGAGAAUCAAAAUAAUUUCAGCUUGGGUCAGCUGCAGAUCUCGAAGGAAGUCGUGAAUGAUGUUCUCCUCCCGAAAUGGGCGCAGUCACCAGAGGACUUCAUUUUUAAACACAGGAAAGCUUUGGAGUCGGAGUACGUCUCUGCUCAUCUCCACGAGUGGAUAGAUCUGAUUUUUGGCUACAAACAGAGAGGGCCAGCUGCGGUGGAGGCCAUGAAUGUAUUCUAUUACUGUACUUACGAAGGAGCUGUAGAUCUCGAUGCCUUGACCGACGAGAAAGAAAGGAAAGCUUUAGAGGGGAUGAUUAAUAAUUUUGGACAAACACCUUGUCAGCUACUCAAGGAGCCACAUCCUGCGAGGCUGUCUGCGGCGGAAGUGGUGCAGAAGCAGACCAGAAAUGAAAACGCCGCAUUUCACCUGUUCCAACAUCUCCCUGAAUUGAAGUCAUUCUUCAUUGAGGGGAUCAGCGAUGGGAUACCUAUUGUUAAGUCCAUUGUCCCCAGGAAUCAGUCACGUUCUUUCAUGUCACAAGGGAGCCCAGAGAUUUUGGUAACAGUGAGUCAGAACUGCGUCAUUGGAACUCAUGGGUGGCUGCCUUACGACAGAAAUAUCUCCAACUAUUUCACUUUCCUGAGAGAUCAAACUGUGACAAAUCCCAAAACACAACGAAGCGUGAGUGGUCCUUUUGCACCAGGACUGGAGAUUACACCCAAGUUGUUUGUAGCAUCUCACGAUGCAAAGCUGCUAUUUAGUGGAGGCCAUUGGGACAACAGCAUCAGAGUGAUGUCACUCACAAAGGGGAAAUUGAUGGCACAGCAUAUUAGGCACAUGGAUAUAGUGACAUGCCUGGCUAUGGAUUUCUGUGGAAUCCAUUUAAUUUCCGGCUCGAGGGACACCACUUGUAUGAUAUGGCAAGUUGUUCAGCAGGGAGGCGUGCCUGUAGGCCUGGCACCUAAACCUUUGCAGAUUCUGUAUGGACAUACCAAUGAAGUUUCUUGUGUUGGCAUCAGUACAGAACUGGACAUGGCUGUGUCAGGGGGCAGGGACGGCACUGUGAUUGUGCAUACGAUUCGGAAAGGUCAGUACGUGAAGACUCUGCGGCCGCCCUGCGAGAGAGCUCUCUCGCUCACUGUCCCAAAUCUCGCCGUCUCCUGGGAAGGACAUAUAGUCGUCCACACCAGUGUAGAAGGAAAGACAACUCUCAAGGAUAAAAAUGCACUACAUCUCUAUUCUGUGAAUGGAAGGUAUUUGGGCUCCGAGAGCCUGAAAGAGGACGUGUCAGAUCUGUGCGUGGCUGGGGAAUAUAUUGUCACGGGGAGCCUACAGGGAUUUCUAACCAUACGAGAUCUCCAAAGCCUCAGCCCCAGCAGCUCCCCGUUGGCCAUGCGGCUGCCGAUACGCUGUGUGUCUGUGACCAAAGAGUCCAGCCAUAUUCUGGUGGGCCUUGAGGAUGGCAAGUUGAUCAUCAUCGGCGUCGGGAAACCGGCAGAGAUGCGUGUGGGACAGCUCUCCCGAAAGUUGUGGGGUUCAAGCAAACGCAUCAGCCAGAUUUCAUCAGGAGAGACUGAAUAUAACACGCAAGAUUCCAUGUGAUUUCUGCUCCUGCCUCCUCUUGGGGAAUUCCACACAUUUAUUUAAUCUUCUGAUUAUUUUCCAAUCGUAUCUUUCAACUUGCUCAGUUACGUUUGAAGCGACAGCACAGUUUCCACAGGCAGAUAUGGGGAAUAAGCCUCUAGCACCUGUCAUUUUUGUAAUUGUGUUAGAAUUGGACGAAAUAAGCUGAUUCGAUAUUAUUUAAGCAAAUGAAUUGUUUGUGAGAGAUAUGUAUGCAUUUAUAUGUUUAUAUGUGUAUAUUUGUGUGUAACAUGUUUGUUUGUACAUAUAUGUGUGUGUUUGAUACUUAACUGACAUUCGCAGGUUAAUGCUGGCAAUCAUGGGUAAGUUUGCUGAAUAUCUGAAAAAUUGAUUUCUAUAAGCCUUUUGCAUACAUGCCAGUGAAUGCGGACAAAUAUUCUGAGGUCAGCAUUCACUGGUAUAAAAGCUUUUGAACACAUGCCAAAUUUGUCUGGGUUAUGUGAUUGGCGGCAUCACCAAACCGUUGACAUUGACUGUAACAUAAUAUAUAUUUAUAUAGGUUGUGAUCCAGUAAAUGUGCAUAGCUAGUUUGUCGCUGCCCCAUUCUGUGAACUAGCUUGUUGUUUAAAAAUUGGCCUUGGGAGAGCAGGGAGUGUUGCCCAAAAAAGAAACAGAAGAUCCCAUUUAAUACCCGAGCAGGACAUGGGCAGUCUUUUGGAUCUUAACCAAUGCCUCUAAAUUUCCUGUCCGUUCUAGACAAACACACUUCCUUCUUUCACCUCCAAAGCUUCCAUAGUUCCAGAAAUCUAAAAAUUAAAAUUAUUCAGACUCAGCUUGUGCGGUGGGGAGAGUUUUCCUUGUGCCCUUCAGUUGAAUUCUGCAAUUGACGUCAGAUUCGUAUCGAGCAGCUGGGAACUGUUCUUCUGGCCGUGCUUCCAUCGUCCAGUUUGGAUGUCGUGCGUUGGAUUGUCAGUACGUUAAAAACGAAUGUGGACCUGGGAGACGCGGGGAGCAGGCCUGCUACUCUGAACCAUUACAUGCAGCUGGAAAUUAAACUUGAGUGGUAGGGUCGUUCUGAAAAGAAAACGUGCAAUAUCUAGGCACCUGAUCCAGCAAUUGCAGUCCUUUUUGCACGGUAGCAUAUUUUUACACAAAGGGAUGGCGAUUCCAGGUCCAGCGCAUGCAAUCAGUGCUUAGUGUGAUGUGCAGAGGUGCUGUCUCCAGCAGCAGGGAGUUGUGCAUGGCUGAAACCUACCUGCACACUCCAAAAAGUGAUCAGCGAUUUGCUAAUGUUGCCGAUCCUUUGGUAAUGGGGAAGAGAUGGUUGUGCACAGGGCUGUGUCUUUUUCGAAGGACAUUUCAGAUACAGCAGAAGUAAAUGGGAGAAUCUAAGCACUACCUGCAUUUUCGUUGUUUCUUUGGACCAAGUGGGAGCCACAGUUUCCUACACAUGGAGCGCCAUAGUUUUGGGUGAGAGCUGAAGGAUCUGUUUGCUUGGGAUUGCAGAGCGUUCUUCGACGGUUAAAGCCAGAGGCCUUGGUUUUAGAUCUGAAUUUGCAUGGGGAAAUCUUGACCUCCAGGGCAAAGUCUUACGUUGUUGUUGAUGGUGAUGAUGUUGUUGUUGUUGUUGUAGGGCUUUGCUCACUUGCUUGUUGGAAGAGCAUCGUUUAAAACACGGUCUUUUAUGGAACCGGUCAAUAAGUUGUUAUUUUAUUAUCACACUCCAAUGGACUCUGUGCAAAACUGGUUGAAGUGAGUGGAUCACUUUGCUCAGAUUUCUUUCCAGGUUGGAAAGUACAUGAGAAAUAUAAGCAGUUUUCAGUUUAUUCCUUGACUUUUGUGCAGAUGUCUUUGGAAAUUGGGUAAUUUAUUUCAGGGAGGAAGAGCCUUUGGCCUGCCAGAUUUUGUUCAACUCCCAACCCCAGUCAGCACGGCCAAAGCUCCAGGAUGAUAGGAGUUUUUAGUCCAGCAACAUCUCUGCAGGCCACAGGUUCCCCAUGUCUUCUGAUUUAUUUAUUUAAAGGAUCAAUGCUCUUGUCUUGUGCUCUUUAACAAAGGUUAUUAAAAAAAAAGUAUUUAGUGGGUUAGUUUUAAUAAAUCUGGCUCGGGUGUGUAGAAAUUCUGAUUGGAAAUAACUUUGCUGCUUAUUAUAGGGAUCAACUGGGAUUUCAGGGAUUAAAGCAGUUUUCACACAGGGCUGAAAUUGAGAAUGUGCUUAUACAUGUGGGAGCAAGUUAAAAUGAAAGCAGUCGUUUUUGUAGCGAUACCAAAGAUAAUCUGAAAGCAUUGAAAUGUUUAUGAAUGUGAAACUGGUUCAUUAAGAUUUAAAAGUGAAGGGGUAUUGAUGAAUAUUCUGGAAUGAGUCACCUUUUCUUUUUUUAAUUAAAAAAAACUAGGUGAAGUAAUUAUGCGGUUACGGGUGGGUUUCUACAGUGUAUUGUUUGGGGGCAUUGUGUUGAUGGUUAUUUGGGAUUUUUUUUAAAAAAAACUGUCAGGCUGGUAAACAAAGACGAAUUCAGGGGAGCAAACUAGAGAAACUAUGGGAACUGUUCACAUGCUUGUUCUUUUGGAAGGCCUCCCAGGCCUCCCAGCAAAACUCUGAGUAACUUAUGAGUCUUCUGACUUUUGAAGAAAAUAAUUAAGGAAAGCCAACAUGGUGGCCUCACAAUAUAAUAAUUAAGGAAAGCCAACAUGGUGGCCUCACUGCCAUCAGACCUGGUCACUGUUGCCAAUGGUUGGGGAGUGAUGAGAGUUGCAGUCCGACAACGCCUUGAAGGCAUCAUGUUGGCUGCUGCUGCAGUGGGUCAAUGGAAAUUUAUCCGUCUUCGAUCUGUGUAGAACUUCCCUCCGCAGCCGAGUUGGGCUUGUGGACUGAGUCCUUUCAUGCCUUCAACUACUUCAUGCCUGGUUUCAGAAGUGAUGCUAAGCCAUGGCUUAGCUCAGGCAUAGGCAGACUCAGCCCUCCAGAUGUUUUGGGACUACAACUCCCAUCAUCCCUAGCUAACAGGACCAGUGGUCAGGGAUGAUGGGAAUUGUAGUCCCAAAACAUCUGGAGGGCCGAGUUUGCCUAUGCCUGGUUUAGCUUAAGGGCAGGGCAGUGCUACUGCAGGAGGAGAGAAGCAGCUGCAGUUCUUACGGAGAAUACUGCCUUUUCAACAUCUUCUCUCGUAGUCAUGGUUUGGCUUAGGGUUACAUGACAGGUGUGCGAUUUCAGGUUCCCCACCUGCGCUGUAGCUGCUAGGUCUGUGUCAUGUGCUACCCCAGUGGCGUGGGUCAUACCAGGAAACCACUGCUGGCCUCUCUGUAUACUCCUGUACAGAAGCAUUCAGGUUCCUCGUGCCACUUUCUAACAUGUCAACGAAAAGUCUUCGCUUUGAGAACACUAAACAGAGCUUUGAAAGCAGCCAAAAUGGCAUUUUCCCGAAAUCUGGCAGCACCGCGCAAGAGCAUGUAGGGAAAGUAAUGAUCAUUGUUGACACGAGAGGGGCAGGGCCAUUUUGUUGUUGACUUUCCCCAAUCCCUUUUGCUUGGCCACAGACAUGCAUGUUCUUCCCCACUGCAAUGCUACAAGGAAAAAGAAUACGGAGGGUGUUUUUGUACUGCUCAACGACAGUUUUGAAUAUCCCAGCUUUGUUAAUUAGCAACCUGCCCUGGAGAUUGUGCUGCUAUUUAAAACCGGUUUUUCUAAACAGAAAACAAAAAUUCAUUUACCACGUGCCUCUGCAUUUGCUUAAAACACCACAAUUAAAAUAGAAACAGGACACUAAGCCUUAUGUAUAUAUACAGGCAACUGAUAAUCGCAGACUGAUUAUUCUGAUAGUGCAAUUGUGAUUACAAAUGGGUUUUUGAUGCCAAAAAUGCCUUCAGAUUUUGGGUGGAAGUGUUUUUGAUAUAUUUAGGUUCAACUAGUCCUUGUGUAACAACAGCAAAUGUUUCUGUUAGUCUGUGCAAUACCUUUCCUCUUUUUUUGGGGGGGGGGUGCUUCUAAGGUUAAAUAAUACACUGUGUUUUCGACGGUAAGGUUUAAUAAUUUUAAGUCUGUAUGUAUGUAUAUUGGCUAACACGGAACUGAUGUACAGCAUGGUGGGAAACGUUCUAAAAUUUGCACUUUGUAAGAUUUACAGAUUUGUAAUUUAACCCUUUUUAAAAGGCUUGCUCAACUUGUACAUAAAAUUGAUUGUCAAAUUAGGUUUGUAUAUAAUGGGUCUGCAGCCAAUUAAAUAAAAUUGGACGUGUGUUUA